AUGCAACGCAUCCGAGCCAGGCUCGCCUCUUCGGAUGGAAACGACAAUAAACGAUACAGCUUAAUCUUUGCUCCUCAUGCGCGUCGUAGCGAACAUGUUCCCCGUCCAUCGCCGUCAUCGCCCCAAAUAGACCGCCGCGUGUCUGACUCCGGCCCUCGCCCUAAUGUGGAAGAAGGCACAGCAGUGGAUAGCGAAAAAAUGGAGAGACCGAAUAUAUACGAUCAUGAUAAUUCAAAUCAUGGAAAUGGUACAACUGGCUUUUCGAUGGCUAGCUCGUCCGAAAAUAGUGCAGCCAUGAAGAGGAACCGAUUCAGCAUGUUACGAUUUCGUCAUGCGUCUGAUCCUCAGUUGUCCGUUACCUACUCUCAGAGUGAGAAGGACGUACCGCCAGUACCUCAGGUUCCUCCACCGCCGACGAUUAUAACGACGGCUCCGACAAAUACGAACCUGGAAAAAUCCGCACGCAAAAGCAGGCUUCGCAAUCCUCUCUCCAGAAAGGCAUCGAAAGAGGCUAUCAACGUGAAUGCCAGCGGGUCUGGCCUUGCAAAAUUACCACAUUCACAGACCUUAGGCGGCCACUCUCGCCUUAGCCAUGAAGAACCGGGCCGCCUUUCUACCUCUACAUACCAAAGUGGAACCAACCCCUCUGAACAAGACAUGCGAUUCUCUGAAUCGUCUCGGUCAGACCAGGGCUCUAUUGAAAGGGGUCCGGUGAAAGGCGACGCUCCACAUCCAACCAAAAGACUACAUAUGCCACGUCUGCUGAAGAGUCAUGGGAAUAUAUUCCCACUCCCUGUCAAGCUGCAGCCGCCAGAUGCUAGCAAAGCAUCUAGCGGCCGUGUGUCUCCGAUUUCGAAUGGUGGAAAUAGUGCAAGAACUUCAAUGGACCCGACUACUCCAGACGGAGACCAAAUAUCACCACUGCCAUCUCCUACACAAUCUUCCGUGAAACUGGCCUCUCCGAAAGCUUCCAAUCAGAAUCCUCUUCUACGAAAGAACUCCACUAUCUCUGCUCGCUCGGGACACUCAGCUUCGUCGGCCAAAGUUCGCUUGGGAAGGCGCGGACGUUCGUCAACCCUGAACUCAUUUAUUGAGGCUUCACGUAAUGGAGAUGAUCCUGAUAAUUCUUCAUCCAACCUACCAUCGGGUCGGAACUCGAUCUCCACAAAUGGGCGAAAGAGUUUUGGCGAUUUAUUCGGUUUGAGCCAUAGGUUACGUCAAAACUCAGAGUUAUCAAGCCAUCGAGACAGCCAUAACAGUUCCCGUGCCCCGGGAACACCAACUUCAGUCACGAGAAAUAAUUCAGCACUGGCGUCGCAGACUGUGGUGGCGUAUCCAGACCGGGACGAAGACGACACUCCUGCAACAUAUCUUACCAAACUCCAAGAGACUGUUCCAAGAGGAUCAGUUGGCACGGCUUUGUGCAAAUAUGACGACGAAUUCUACAAGAUUGCGUUGCGUAAAUUUAUGCGAACUUUUGCUUUCUUUGGUGAACCUAUUGACAUGGCCAUCCGUAAACUGCUGAUGGAAGCGGAAUUGCCAAAGGAAACUCAGCAGAUUGAUAGGUUUUUGCAGGGAUUCGCGGAUCGGUAUUAUGAGUGCAACCCGGGAGUCUUUGCUACCACAGAUCAAACAUAUUUCAUAGCGUUUUCCAUUUUGAUCUUGCACACGGAUGUGUUCAACAAGAACAAUAAACGGAAGAUGCAGAAACAGGACUACGUAAAGAAUUCGCGCAUCGAGGGGGUUUCCGAAGAAAUACUCGAAUGCUUUUAUGAAAAUAUUUCAUAUACACCAUUCAUUCAUGUUGAAGACGAAUUGAAUCUCAACUCUCGACAGCAUCCAAAAAGAAAGGGUCUUCUCAAAGCUGCAAGCUCUGACCACCUAACAAGAGCAUCGAGCCAACCUGUUGACCCGUAUGCUGUCAUCCUAGAUGGAAAAUUGGAUACAUUGCGCCCAAGUCUGAAGGAGGUAAUGAACAUUGAUGAUCCUUAUAGCUUCCCAGAUUCGGAAGGAUUCAGAGAUAUUGAAUCUUUACAUCAAGCGUUCUCCAGGUCUGCUGUUCUGCAGAUUGUUUCGGCACGAUCUCGGCCAGAUGCUUUUAUGACAUCAACAAACAUGGAAGACACUGCUGAUUCGCACCCUGGCUUGGUUGACAUCAAAGUCGUGAAGGUCGGUCUACUGUGGCGCAAAGAUCCGCGAAAGAAGAGGGCGCGCUCUCCAUGGCAAGAAUGGGGUGCCCUUUUGACUUCGUCGCAGCUGUACUUCUUCCGUGACUUAUACUGGACAAAGUCUCUUAUGUCGCAGUAUGAGAACCAACGCAAGAAAGGAUCACGAUUGCCGGUGGUUUUCACCCCCCCUGUCACUGAUUUCAAGCCGGAUACUAUCAUGUCCACUUCAGAUGCAGUUGGGCUGAUCGAUUCAAGCUACAAGAAGCAUAAACAUGCAUUUCUUUUGGUUCGCCACAACGGCCUGGAAGAGGUGUUUCUUGCCAACUCGGACGCCGACAUGAACGAUUGGUUGGCAAAGUUGAAUUAUGCAGCAACAUUCAGAACUACUGGUGUACCUUUGAAAGCCACCGUCGGCGCUCGAUAUGAAGGCCAGAAACAUCAAAGUAUGACUCGUAUUGAUUCCACUCAUUCCGAGUCGUCGCAAGUGCAAGGUGAAGGAACUACACCUGAGACCAAGGAGUAUGUUGAUGCACGCCUCGCCGAGGAGAUGUCUGCUGCACGGCAACAAUUGAUGUCUCGAAGGAUCGCGGAGGGCGAUGAAAAGUUGAUUGGCUAUCAGAAACAACUAGACGACCUUCUCAGAAAUGCUAGGCAUCUUCAGCUGUUGACUCCGGUCAAUACGAGGGCGCGGGAAAACGUCAUUCUAGCUGCUGGGCGCAUGGCUGCUAAACUGCGAUGGGUGCGAUUGGACAUGUGGCGAACAAGGUGUUAUAAUCAUUUUCUGUCCUUGGAUCUUGGUAUAAAGCCAGUUCCUGAUGCACAGAAACGAUCCUCACUCUCGACUAUCAAACCCGUAUCCCCUACGGCAAACAAUUCGUCACUAGCGGGACUCAAUUCCACUCAUUCUUUGCUUACAGCGCCUUCGAUAAAUGAAGCGGUAUCUUCCGAGCCUACAUCGCCAAUGUUACCGGAGACCUCGGUUGGUUCAACUGACUUUUUAUCACCUAUCGUUACGGAUGGUUACCGCUUCAAUACAUCCUCAUUCACGUCCUCUCAGGCCCAUGAUGGAAAGCAACCGCCUCUCUCACCCAUGACUGAAAACCCGCCUCCUGCUAAUGGUGAUAGGCCGAGUGGAACCCUGAACAGAGAACCGUCAGUUCUGAGCACCGGCAACAGGAGCGAGGGGCCCGGUUCAAGCAUUCUCAGCUCCACGGCGCAUAUGAGUACAACCAACAUUGAUAAUUGUGAAGAGCGGGUGCUCCGCGAAGCUGGUCUUCUUGGAGUUGACGGACCUACUGAGUCACCUAAGCCGUCUCCCAAGCUUGGGAAUGACACUGAAAUUCCCGAGAAACAUAUUGACGAAAAAUCUGAGUCUAUUACAGAUCAUCGUCUUAACGGGCAUCGGCGUAGCUUGCAGCGAACGUUGAGAGAUUCACACCAUAAACCAAGUCAUCAACGCAGCAAGAAAGGUAGAGACUCAGCCUCUAGUAUCGGCCUUGUGGAUAAUCCUGCCGGCAGCGAAGGGGAGGGAUUAUCCAGGAAAGAUGCCAACUUUACUUUGCACGGAAAAAAGGCUUCUGUCAUCACAUUUGGUUCCGAGUGGGCCAACAUCUCCGCAGAGGAGAGAUUGAAACUACGCAAGCCCGCGGCUUCUGAGGAGGCUAGGGCAUCCGACUCAAACCUGAUUCGUGACACGCGUGGAUCAAUCAGUUCUGCAUCUAUUCAUAGUGCUCGACCACAGUCAAUGCGCAGUGCUAGUACAGCGACAGUACGAAGCUCUCGCUUUGUGGAUAGCAUUUCUGUCAACAAUGGUAUCCCAGAGGUUCCGUCGUUGGAUAUUGUUCUUAAAGAGAACCAAGAAGAGGAAUCAGCUGCACCGUCUGCAGGUCCAAAAAAUGCUUCGACCACAUCGGCCACCACAAAUGACCUAUCUAACGAAAACUUUCCCACCCUCGAAAACGGAGAAUUGAUUGACCCAAUCUCAGGCCAAGAAAACCCAAGAUUGAACUCUCAUGAACAAGCCGUUGGUGCAUGA